UUUCUUUCUCCCUCCCUCCCCGAUUCCUCCCCUUCCUUCUGCCCUCAUCCCCUCUACCCCGAUCUCCGCCUCGGAGCUCUCUCAUCCCCCCACCUCCUCCCCUUCUCCUCGCUCGAAUCCUCGCCAUGCGCUUCUUGUAUUGAUUGAUGACUCACGCAAAGCGGCCCUUCUCCAGCGGCGGCGGCAGCACCACCCACGGCAGCAGCUCAUCCGGCGGACUCAUCGGAAGACCCCUCUCCCCCUCCGCCGCCUCCUCCUCCUCCAUGAAGAAGGCCAAGUGCCAGCCGCCCUCCGCCGCCGCCGCCGCCGCCGCCGUCGAGAGGGAGAAGAAUGGUCUCCAUCUCCAUCCCACUCGCUUCGACCCCGCCACCGCCCAGCCGGCGGAGGAGGAGGAUUCCAUGCUCGUGGACCAGGACGACCUCAAGGCCGGCGCAUCCACUGACAUCACCACCACCGGCGUCGCCGCCAACCUGUCGAGGAAGAAGGCCACCCCUCCCCAGCCAUCGGCUAAGAAGCAGCUUGUGAUCAAGCUCGUUAAAGGUAAGCCAACUCUGCCAAAAAAUUUUGAAGAGGAUACAUGGGCAACUUUGAAGUCUGCUAUUACAGCUAUAUUUUUGAAGCAGCCAGAUCCAUGUGACUCUGAAAAGCUUUAUCAGGCUGUCAGUGAUCUUUGUCUACACAAGAUGGGAGGAAAUCUUUAUCAACGUAUACAGAAGGAAUGUGAAGUACAUAUUUCGGCAACACUAUCCUCAUUGGUCGGCCAGAGCCCUGACUUGGUUGUAUUUUUAUCAUUAGUAGAAAAAUGCUGGCAGGAUUUUUGUGACCAGAUGUUGAUGAUACGUGGUAUUGCCUUAUAUCUUGAUAGAACUUAUGUCAAGCAAACCCCAAAUGUUCGGUCAUUGUGGGACAUGGGGUUGCAAUUGUUUCGGAAGCAUCUCUCUUUAUGUUCUGAAGUUGAACACAAGAUUGUCACUGGCCUUUUGAGGUUAAUUGAGAGGGAGAGACUAGGUGAAGCUAUUGAUAGGACAGUACUCAGUCAUCUUUUAAAGAUGUUUACGGCUCUUGGAAUUUACACAGAAAGCUUUGAAAAGCCCUUUCUGGAAUGCACUUCUGAGUUUUACGCUGCUGAAGGUGUGAAAUAUAUGCAACAAUCAGAUGUUCCAGACUAUUUGAAGCAUGUGGAGUCAAGGCUACACGAGGAACAUGAAAGAUGCUUGCUCUACUUAGAUGCAAAUACAAGGAAGCCCCUUGUAGCAACUGCUGAAAAACAACUCCUGGAACGACACACAUCUGCAAUUCUUGACAAGGGAUUUACAAUGCUCAUGGAAGCGAAUCGAGUCAAGGACCUUCAAAGAAUGUACAUGCUCUUUCAGAGGGUUAAUGCUCUGGAGCUGUUAAGACAAGCUCUUAGCUCGUAUAUUCGGGGUACUGGGCAAGGUAUUAUUAUGGAUGAAGAGAAAGACAAAGAUUUGGUUUCCUAUCUUUUAGAGUUUAAAGCAUCUCUUGAUACAAUUUGGGAAGAAAGUUUCUUCAGAAAUGAAGCUUUUUCAAAUACCAUAAAGGAUUCAUUUGAGCAUCUCAUUAACCUUCGUCAGAAUAGACCAGCUGAACUGAUCGCAAAAUUUCUGGAUGAGAAGCUUCGUGCUGGAAACAAGGGUACAUCCGAAGAAGAGUUGGAGGGUACACUUGAUAAAGUGUUGGUUUUGUUUAGGUUUAUUCAAGGAAAAGAUGUCUUUGAGGCAUUCUAUAAAAAGGAUCUUGCAAAAAGAUUAUUGUUGGGCAAGAGUGCAUCAAUUGAUGCUGAAAAGUCAAUGAUUUCUAAGCUCAAAACUGAGUGUGGAAGUCAAUUCACAAAUAAACUUGAAGGAAUGUUCAAGGACAUCGAGUUAUCGAAAGAGAUUAAUGAUUCUUUUAAGCAAUCAUCUCAAGCCAGGACAAAACUUCCAACUGGUAUUGAGAUGAGUGUUCAUGUCCUUACGACCGGGUAUUGGCCAACAUAUCCUCCGAUGGAUGUUCGGCUUCCACAUGAACUGAAUGUUUAUCAGGAUAUAUUUAAGGAGUUCUAUUUGAGUAAGUACAGUGGGAGGCGCUUGAUGUGGCAAAAUUCAUUAGGUCAAUGUGUUUUAAAAGCAGAAUUUCCAAAAGGCAAAAAGGAAUUGGCAGUGUCAUUAUUCCAGACUGUUGUAUUAAUGCUGUUCAAUGACACUCAAAAGCUCAGUUUCCAAGAUAUUAAAGACUCAACCGGCAUUGAUGAUAAAGAACUGAGAAGGACUUUGCAGUCACUUGCAUGUGGCAAAGUCCGAGUUCUCCAAAAGAUCCCUAAAGGAAGGGAAGUAGAGGAUGAUGAUGCAUUUGUAUUUAAUGAAGAAUUCAGUGCUCCUCUCUACCGCAUUAAGGUGAAUGCAAUUCAAAUGAAGGAGACAGUGGAAGAGAACACCAGCACCACUGAAAGGGUAUUCCAAGACCGUCAAUAUCAGCUGCCAUCACUUACUAAUUGCAUGACCAAGCUUUCUUGUGCAAAUGACGGGUGGAAGUCUAAAUAUGUAGAUGUGGCCUUGAGAAUUUCCAUUGUCCUUUGUUUUUUUUUUCUGAAUUCAUUUCAGGUUGAUGCGGCUAUCGUCCGCAUCAUGAAGACAAGAAAAGUACUAAGCCACACGCUUCUAAUAACUGAGCUCUUUCAGCAGCUCAAAUUUCCUAUAAAACCAGCAGACUUGAAGAAAAGGAUAGAGAGCCUCAUUGAUAGGGAAUACCUGGAGCGGGACAAGAACAAUCCUCAGAUCUACAAUUACCUGGCUUGACCCCCUUUGCACCCUAAAGUAAACCUCUUCUGGCAGCAAAUCAGGGAGCUGCCUCCCUCCCAAGGUCAUGCUUUUGUUUGAGGGGGUGGGGGGGGUGCGCUGGUUUUAGCAAUCUCUUGAUGUCAACCAUGUACAGGAAACUCUAGCCAUCUUUUUCCUUUUGUUCCAAGUAACACCUCGGUAAAGUAUCAAGUUCCACUUCUGUUUCUUCUUGUUGUGGAAGUAAUCAAUUGUAAUUUUUUUCGAAAAAGUGCUUCCCAUGUGUUGCAGCAAUAUCCAUACAUCCUGUUCUUGAUAAAGAUGAAAACCUGCUGACGAUGCUUUUAUUUGCUUCCAAAGAGAACACAGAGAAACCUAGUCUGUAUAUUUCAACUA